UUAUUGUUGCCAUUCGUGAUCUCAACUACACAUUGUGGCGAUGGCAUCGAAUUUUCACGAGGAACACGCGAUCAAGUGAAUUGAUUUACACCUCCAGAUAAGGACAUUAUCUGAAUAAGCAAGUUGCCGUCAUGAAGAUAACCUUUUUGACUGAGGAAUGGACUCAGUCAACCAAAGGCAGUUGUUCCACCUUCAUGAGACAGAUGGCCAUAGAACUUUCUAGACUAGAAAAUGUAGAAAUUGGUAUUUUAAUUCCAAGUGCCAGUCCAGAGGAUAAAGAAGAUGCCCAAAAAUACAACAUCAAUGUUUUUGAACCUGAGAAACUUACAGGCUAUGAACCAGUUGACUGUCUACAGUUUCCUCCACAAGGAUUUAGCACUGACUUUAUCAUUGGUCAGGGCAUUAAGCCUGGAUGUCAUGGACAGGUCCUUAAGAAUAACCUUGGCUGUAAAUGGGUGCAUGUGGUCCUGAGAAAUGCAGAAGAAACAGCAAUGUUCCAGAAAACCCCAGGUGCCAUUUCCGAAGGGCAGAAACAGUACGAAACUGAGGUAGAAUUGUGUAAAAAGGCUGACAUGGUUAUAACAGUUGGCUCUAAGCUCAAUGAGACCUUUAAUUCUGCUCUGCAUCACUGUAAGAAAGAUCAUAUAUUCAAUCUUACACCUGGCAUUUUUGAUGAGUUUUUUGGAGAGCAGAAGCAAUACCGAAAUUCAAAGAACUUUAAAAUCUUAGUGUUUGGCAGAGGGAACACUGAAGACUUUGAACUUAAAGGUCUUCAUGUUGCUGCCAAAGCUGUGGCACAUCUUAAUAAGUAUGAGCCAUCAUACAUUCUCAAAGUUGUUGGUGCCCCUGAGGGAGAACAAGAGAAACUGGCUGAGAGGUUGGAAGAUCUUGGGAUCUCUCGUAGUCAACUAAUUGUGAGAAGUUUUUACACAGAAAGAGGAAAACUGGCUCAGCUAUUUUUGGAAGUGGAUCUUGUUUUGAUGCCUUCAGGUACAGAGGCAUUUGGUCUUGCAGCUUUGGAGGCAUUAUCAGCAGGUGUACCAAUCCUUAUUACCCAUAAUUCUGGCUUGGCGGAGGCUCUAGAAGAAAUACCUUUCGGGCGCAGAUGCAUAGUAGAUCAAGCAGAUGAUUGGGCUGACCAAAUCAAGCAAGCACGAAAACAUCUGAGAACUGGAUUAGUGGAGGCAAGCACACUACGCAACAACUAUAAAGAGAAAUACUGUUGGAUGGACCAAUGUGCUGCUUUUGUGAUGAAGCUUAGGGCCUUGCAUUCAGGACAUGCUGAGGAAAUGCAACAGGAGUCCCAAGGCAAAAGGCAUUCAGCUCAAAAGCGAGUGGCUGAAUGUGCUGAGGAAGUUGAACAGGAGUCCCAAGGAAAAAGGCAUUCAGCUCAACAGCAAGUGGCUGAGGGAGUAGUAACUGAUGAUGACCUUCAAACACUUGGCAAAGCUAUUGGUGUCAAUUGGGAUCGACUGGCACGUCGACUACCUAAAAUUGAGGAAGAUGACAUAGAGGAAAUUGAACACAGCCACAGGACUUUGUCUCAAAGGGGAUUUCAUAUGCUGAAACUGUGGAAAACAAACAAUGGGAAAGCUGCAGACUAUAAGACUUUGUAUAAUGCAUUAGUCCAUGAGUUGGUACAGCGGAAAGACUUAGCACAAAAGUAUUGUUUAGAAUAAUAUCUCAUAGAUAUUGCUCAUACCAAACCUGGCAGUUAGUUUAAAUAGAGACGGCCACUAGGUGGAAAGUAGAGAUAACUUCGCUAGUUACCAAUAAAUUCCAGUUGGUUAUUAAUUGUAAGAAUCUAAUGAUUUAUUAAUCCUUGAUUUACAUCCUUUUAUCGAUAGCCUUUUUACAACAUUAUACAACAUGUGUUUAGCUAAUUUUAUCCACGCAUUUGAUUGGAAGAAAGACGCAUAGAUGAGGAGAAUGUUGAAGCUUUGAAAUGAUCGUAAGUCGGCUCAGGAGAGAAGUUCUUUAAAAUAAAGUAUAUAUCAAGUACUCUAAGGUUUUUUUAAUAUAGAAAAUUGUAUAUAUUGUGUUAAAAAAUAAAAUAAGUGCUUGUUUAAAGCAAUUAGGUUAUUGAUUAUGUGAACAUUUUUUAGUGAUUGAGGAACGAAACAUUUGCAGUCGUUCGUCGUUGGUUAUUACAGCUUUAACUUGUUUUUGUAGAAAUCGAGAAUGACGAUAUUUUCAUUUGGCUAAAUCUAUAUAUUAGUUAACUAGCGUUUCCUUAGCAGCUGACUUUUAUGCAAUAUAAUGGAACAUUUAGCCCGGUUAUGAAAUACAUGGAGUGCAUUUACUUUGAA